CAUAAAAAAAAAUGUCGACAAAAUAAUAUAUCCAACUACUUUCCGAAAAAGACAACUAACUAAAAAUAAUAGGUUUAUAAAAACUCGAAAAAGUCGUAGAUUCUAACUGGGCUGAAUUAGCUGAGCAUUUAACUGACAUGUAAAAAAAAAAAAAAAACAUAAAAAAAUUUAAAAAAUAAAGCGAAAACCUUUAUGAUGAUUUAAAUUUCCCUAGACGAGAUUUAGCUUAUUCCUUAGCUUCAAAAGUAUACUUUUGUCUUGAAGAAUACGAAGAAUCAUUAAACCUAGCAUUAGAAUCUGGUUCCUAUUUCCAAAUAACCGAAAAAUCAUAAUAUGUGGAAGUGCUAGUCUCUACCUGUAUCGAAAAAUACAUUGAACACCGCAAAUCAGGCCAAGAUUCAAAACUAAACGAAAAAUAUACAGAAAUUGUUGAAAAAAUGUUCACUAAAUGUAUCCGAGAAUAAGAAUAUAGACAUGCUUUGGGAAUAGCAGUUGAAAGUUAACGUUGUGAUAAAAUAAAAUAAAUCUUAGAAGAAGCGGAAGAAACUAAAAGAGGUGAUUUAGUGAAUUAUUUAUAUGAAGUAUGUACUCGUUAAAUAUCAAAUAAAUUACAUAGAAAUCAAAUUCUUAGACUUUUGAUUUCUUUUUACUAAUCCAAAUUAGCAUUUUAAGGUUUAUAAAAUGAAGAAUAUGUCAAUCUUUCCCUAUGUUAUCACAAAUUAGGUUUAUUUGAAGAAUUCGCGUAACUUUUGCAUUCUCUUUUAUAAAAAAAUGUACCUUUAGCCUUUUAACUAGCCGUAGAAAUAUCAGACAACCAAAACUAUGGUUUUGUAAAAAAAGUCAUUGAAACCCUUCCUGUGUAAAAUGAAGCAGUCGAUCCCCAAAACGAUAACAGAAGUACCCUUAUAGAGAUUCUUUAAGGAAAAACUUAAAAUAAAAUAAAUUUCGAAGUCCUCAAAUACCUCAAUAAAUCUGAUCCUGCCCUCAUAAAAUAAAUCCUCACAGCCGUAGAUACUAAAAAAUAGGUUGCGCAUACUGCAGUGGCUUUAUGCAAUGCUAUUUUAUCCGCCGGAACUGCCGAUUAGAAGUUCCUAAGUGAAAAUCUCGAAUGGGCUUAAAAAAGUUAACUUUGGGCCCGAUUUUCGUAAGUGGCAUCUUUAGGUAUGAUAUAUUCUACAUGUUAAGAAGACCCCAAAAAAAUCUUCAAAGACUUCCUCCCGGGAAAUACUAAUCCUCCUAAUUUUUAUUCUAAUGGAGGUUCUUUAUAUGGAAUUGGAUUAAUGGAUGUGGGUAAAAAAACACCAGAAUUAAUUAAAUAUUUCACUGAAAUUAUUAAAAACCCAUAACAUAAUAAUUAAGAAGCUAUAGUGCAUGGAGCUUGCUUAGCUAUUGGUUUAAGCGGAUUAGCAUCAGAAGAUGAAUAAUUAUUCGAAUAAUUGAAAGACGUUAUGUUAAUAAAUAAUGCCGUAACAGGUGAAUCGGCUGCAUUAGCAAUUGGUUUAAUAAUGGCUGGUACAAAUAAUGAAAAUGCAAUUACUGAAUUACUUAAAUUCGGUCAAGAUACUUAGCAUGAGAAAAUAAUAAGGGCUCUAGGAGUAGCUUUGGCUUUGAUUUCAUUUGGAUAAGAAUAAAACGCUGAUACCCUUAUUGAAUAAUAACUUUAAGAAAAAGACUUCAUUUUAAGAUAUGGAGGGGCACUUACUUUAGGUUUAGCAUAUGCUGGAACUGCAAAUAAUAAAGCGAUUCGUCAACUCCUUCAUUAUGCAGUAGAUGAUGUUGCAGAUGAUGUUAGAAGAGCAGCUGUUAUUGGUUUAGGAUUUGUAAUGUUUAACUCAUAUGAAUAAAUUACUUAAGUAAUGAGUUUAUUAGCAAUGAGUUAUAAUCCACAUGUUAGAUACGGAACUGCCAUUGCUUUAGGUAUUGCAUGCGCAGGAACUGGAUUUUAGGAGGCUUUAGAUAUGAUAGAACCUAUGCUAACUGAUUCUACUGAUUUUGUUAGAUAAGGAGCCAUGAUUGGAACUGCCCUUAUAUUGUAAUAAUGUAAUGUUAAAUAAGAACCAAAACUUGAUAAAUUUAAGAAAACUUUAUAGAUUGUCUAUACAAAAAAACAUGAGGAUAUUUUAUGUAAAUUAGGUGCAGUACUUUCUAUGGGAAUACUAGAGGCAGGAGGAAGAAAUUAAGUUGCUAGAUUAGGAUCUUAAUCCGGUUUUCCUAAAUUGGCAAGUUGUGUUGGAAUGGUUGUUUUUACUAAUUUUUGGUAUUGGUUCCCUUAUGUAAAUUUCUUAAGUUUAUGUCUUAGUUCUUCUACACUUGUUGGAAUUGAUUAAACAUUAAGAAUUCCUACAGAAUUUUCUUAUAAAAUAAAUUGCAAGAAAAGUUUAUUUGAUUACCCUGAAAAUAUUAAACCUGAUGAUGGAAAAAAUAAAAAAGAAGUUGAAGUUGUUUAAUUAUCUACUACUGUAAAAGUUAAAACAAGAGCAACAAAUAAAGAAAAAGAUAAUAAAAUUGAAGAAGAAUUACCAUAAUAAUAAAAAUAAGAUGAUAAAAAAGAAGAAAUUAAAGAAGAAGAACCCACUUUUUAUAUUUAACAAAAUCCAGGUAGAGUAUUAGAAAAAUAGUAAAAGCAUAUCGAGUUUAUUUAAGAUCAUAGAUAUUAACCUAUACUUAAAGAUAGAAAAUUCGGUAUUAUUUUCUUGAAUGAUACUUAAUAAGAAUAAGAAAAAAAAUAUUUAGGAGAAUAGAAAAAAUAAGAGCAACCUCAAGUUUAACCUUAACCUUAACCUACUUAAAAUGAUGAUAUAUAACCUCCAGAAGAUUUUAUUUAUGAUGAAUCUGCUUAAUUACUUUAAUGAUAUUAUCAAUAAAAUAAUUGAUAAAUAUAUAUAUUAUUAUUUUUUAUAUGAAAAUUAAUUUUUUAUUUUUAUUAUUUUUUUAUAAUAUUUUAAAGAUAAC